ACCAACGAAAAGAUGAAUUUCGAUGAAAUUAUCGAGACCAUUGGUAGUUUUGGAAAAUAUCAGAAAAUCCAGGUUGUUUUGCUAUGUCUCCCUCACAUCCACGCCGGAAUAUUUAUGGUGAUAUCUGUAAUACUGCUCGGAGUACCAGAACACAGAUGCAAGAUACCUGGAUAUAGCGGCGAUACCUACACCAUACAGAGUCCAGAACAUCAGACAAUGGUUGACAAUUAUAUACCUAAAUCAACAGACAGUACAAAAGACUACGACCAGUGCCACGUCUACAAUGACACCAACAGUUACAACAAUACUUUUAUUGGAAAUAGAACGAUCGUUGAAUGUGACAGCUGGGUGUACAGCCAAUCAGUAUUUACUGAAACGUUUGUAACGAAGCACCACCUUGUCUGCCGUCAUGAUGAUAUACUGUCUUUGACAAAGAUGCUGUUCUUUGUAGGAGUUCUCGUCGGGUCCUUCACUUUCGGAAUGAUUUCGGACAAGUUCGGGAGGAAGUUUUCAAUGUGCUGUGCGCAGUUUCUGCAGAUGAUUACUUCCGUGGCCCUGGCUUGGGCACCGAACCUGUAUGUCUACAUAUUUCUUCGGUUCAUCAUCGGUGCUACUUCGACUGGCAUAGUACUCACCACGUUUGUAUUAACUUUGGAGUUGGUUGGUCCAACGAAAAGAGUUCGAGCAGCCAUGUUAAACGGUUUCUUCUUUGCUGCGGGAGAAGUGAUUGUGGCUGGGCUUGGCUACCUUUUACGUGAUUGGCAGUAUGUCGAACUUGUCGCUGGAAGCACGACGGUUUUCUUUUUAUCUUUCAUUUGGCUGGUUCCUGAAUCCCCAAGAUGGCUACUUAAUCAUGGUAAAAUGGAGAAAGCUGAGCGAGUGAUCAAAAGAAUAGCAGAGGUCAACAAAAUGAGUCAACAUUUAUCACCAACUCUAAACUACAAAGAGGACCAGAAACAAAGAGGAAACAUCCUGCACAUUUUCACCUCUAAAGUGUUAUUGAUUAGAACUCUAAUAUUGUUCCUGGAAUGGUGUGUGAUCUCCAUGACGUUUUACGGUUUGGCAUUGAAUGCAGGUAACAUCGGUGGCGAUUUUUAUCUGAACUUCAUGUUACUUGGUUUGGUUGAUUUCCCGACCACUAUACUCCUGCUGUUGUUACUUAACCGGAUUGGCAGGAAAAAAAUGUUCUGCACCUCUAUGAUCGUGGGUGGCGUUGGAUGUAUCUCAACAUUAUUUACUACUACCUAUGGCGGCGAAUCUCUUAACGCCCUCACUGUCGUCCUUGUGUUGAUUGGAAAGCUUGGUGCAGGUUGUGCUUUCGGCACCAUUUACUUGAUGUCAUCGGAAUUGUUCCCUACUGUGGUGAGGAAUGCAGGUAUGGGUGCUUGUUCCUGCUUUGCUCGUUUUGGAUCCAUGGUAGCCCCAUAUGUCAUAUCGUCGGCUGCUGACAUAGGAGGGACGCUCGGAAAGGCAGUGCCUUUGAUUACAUUUGGUUCAGCGUCCGUUGUGGCUGGGUUAAUUGCCCUCCUCCUACCAGAGACAAUAAACAAAGACCUACCUGAUACUAUUGAAGAGGGUAAACAAUUUGGAACAUCGAACUAUGAUUCAUUGAAAAAAGAAGGAAGAGACAACAAAGGUUUUGCUAUGGAACAGUUCAAUGAUUCUCAGAAGAGCCAUCUAUAA